UAGAAGAUUUGGACGCAAAUCCCCACCGUUAAUCAUCAUCAUUGCUACACCAAAUUAAUCCUAAUUUAACCAGGGGUGUAAUUCAUGAAUAAAAUAACCUAGAGCCACUUCCUUUGUUCAACACGUUCCAAUAAUGCCCCAUUUUUCUCUCUCCCCUCUCUCCUGUGCACCUUCUCCUCUCCCACCUCGCCGCCGAAUCUUUCUCGCUCCUCCCCGAACCGCCGCAUCUUCCGCCACCGACGCCGCUUCCUCUUCUACUUCCUCUUCCGCUUCGAAUUUCGCUCCCAAAGUCGUCGUCACCAGAGAGCGCGGCAAGAACGCCAAGCUUAUCGCCGCUCUGGCUAAACAUGAAAUCAAUUGUUUGGAGCUUCCUCUCAUUGAGCACAUUCAAGGACCUGAUUUAGGCAGGCUUCCUUCUGUAUUAGGUGACAAUGCAUUUGAUUGGGUUGUGAUAACGUCUCCAGAGGCAGGUUCUGUCUUUCUAGAGGCAUGGAGAUCUUCUGGGAUGCCUCAUGUCAAAAUAGGUGUUGUUGGGGCUGGUACUGCAAGCAUUUUCAAGGAAGCUUUGCAGUCUUCAAACCGAUCAAUUGAUAUUGCCUUUGUGCCAUCAAAAGCAACAGGAAAGGUUUUGGCUACUGAGCUUCCUAAGAUUGGAAAUAAAUGCACCGUUCUCUAUCCUGCUUCUGCAAAGGCUAGCAAUGAGAUUGAGGAAGGACUUUCAAACCGUGGAUUUGAGGUUACUAGGAUGAAUACAUAUACAACGGUGCCAGUUCAACAUGUUGACCAUACGGUUCUAAAGAUAGCACUUGCUGCCCCUGUUGUUACAGUAGCUUCACCAUCUUCUAUUCGUGCCUGGAAGAAUCUUCUUUCAGAUUCUGAGUGGAACAAUUCUGUUGCAUGCAUUGGUGAGACAACUGCUACAAUGACAAGAAGUUUAGGUUUCACAAAUGUGUACUAUCCAGCACAACCAGGCAUCGAAGGCUGGGUAGAAAGCAUUCUUGAAGCAUUAGGUUCCUAUGAUGAAUUAUUGAGGUAGGUCUCAGCUCUUCGUAGCAACCUGGAGAUGUUUUCAACUGUUUCUCUCAUGCUGCAAGAUUAAUAUAAUGAUUUGGCAUCGUGGAUGGAUAUACUCUCUGUUCAGUAGUAGUAUUUUUAAAGAUACAUUUAGCUUCAAUAAAGUAAGGAGAGUGUAGUGUAUAUUAGGAAAUAAAGUGCACUUAUCGUCAUUGAUUAAAAUAUAAAUAUUUUUGUAAUUAAUUUCAAAGUUUGUUAUACAUGCACUUGUUUUUAAUCACAAAUUCUAACCAUUAUUUUUUUAA